UUUUAUGACAUGUUAUUUACUAAAUUGUGUGAACUGUGUAAGAGCAUACUCCGUAUGACUGUGACGCGGUGGAGUAAGACAUCCUGAUCUAGAUUAGUAAAAAAAAGAAACAAUGGCAGCACGGAGAGUUUUUGUUGUUGGUGUUGGAAUGACGAAGUUUGAAAAGCCAGGAAAAAGAGAUGACUUUGAUUAUCCUCAGAUGGCUUUGGAAGCAGGGACUAAAGCACUGGAAGAUGCAGGAAUUAAAUAUGAUCAGAUAGAGCAAGCAUGUGUUGGUUAUGUUUAUGGUGAUACAUGUUGUGGUCAGAGAGCUCUAUAUCAACUUGGUCUGAGUGGAAUUCCAAUUUACAAUGUUAACAAUGCUUGUGCCACAGGGUCAACUGCUCUCUACAUGGCAAAGAACUUGAUUGCUGGAGGACUGGCUGAUUGUGUUAUGGCAAUAGGCUUUGAAAAGAUGGAAAGUGGAUCUUUAAAACCAAAGUGGACUGAUCGCACGAGUCCUAUGGACAAACAUUUACAAGUCAUGAUAGAAACAAGAGGCUUUGACAAAGCACCAGCCACUCCUCAGAUUUUUGGAAAUGCUGGCAGAGAGCAUAUGGAGAAGUAUGGCACAACACCAGACCACUUUGCCAAAAUUGCCUACAAAAACCAUAAGCAUUCAACUAACAAUCCGUAUUCACAGUUCCAAACAGAAUACAGUUUUGAUGAAAUAAAAAACUCACCCAUGAUUUACUAUCCUUUAACUAAGCUUCAGUGUUGCCCAACGUCAGAUGGCUCAGCUUGCGCCAUUCUUGCCAGUGAAGAUUUUGUCAGGAAAAAUGGACUGCAGGCUCAAGCUGUGGAGAUUGUGGCAAUGGAACUAGGCACAGAUGAGCCCAGUGUAUUUAAUGAACUUAGCUGCAUGAAAAUGAUCGGUUUUGAUAUGGCUGAAAAGACAGCUAAAAGGGCUUUUGCAAAAGCAGGCCUGAAGCCAUCCGAUGUUCAAGUUGUGGAGCUCCAUGAUUGUUUCUCAUGCAAUGAACUACUUACAUACGAGGCUCUUGGACUUUGUGGCAAAGGAGAGGCUGGUUCAUUCAUUGAUAAGGGUGAUAAUACUUAUGGAGGAAAAUAUGUUGUUAACCCUAGUGGUGGUCUGAUUUCAAAGGGACAUCCCCUUGGUGCAACUGGAUUAGCACAGUGUUCUGAAUUGUGUUGGCAACUAAGAGGAAUGGCUGGAAAAAGACAAGUUCCCAAUGCUAAAGUAGCUCUUCAGCAUAAUUUAGGACUUGGUGGUGCUGUUGUUGUGUCCCUAUACAAACAUGGGUUUCCAGAGGCUGCUGUACUAAGGAAUAAUAUUCAAGCUGUACCAACCAGCUCAUCUAUUGAAAACGAUUUCAAAUCUUCUGCAAUGUUUUCAGAAAUUAAAAAAGCAUUAGAACAGGAUGGCGCAAACAUUGUUAAAAAGAUGAAAGGUGUUUUUUGUUUCAAAGUCAAAGGACCUGGAAAUAAGGAAGGUGUUUGGGUUGUAGAUGUCAAAAAUGGAAAUGGUGCUGUGAAGUUUGAUUCUGCAGAUAAAGCUGAUACAACUAUCACAAUGGCUGAUGAAGAUUUGUAUAACCUUAUGUUGGGCAAGUUGAACCCUCAGACUGCAUUUUUUCAAGGAAAACUUAAGAUUGCUGGGAAUAUGGGCUUAGCAAUGAAAUUAAAAGAACUUCAACCCAAAUCAGGAUCAAAGCUUUGAAAUUUUCAUAAAUCUUGUUGCUCAUUAUGUGAUUUUUUGAAAAACUUUUUUAUGGGGCCCUUGAAUUGAACACUAUUCCAUGUGUAUUUAUGAGUUAUAUGUAAUGAUACAAUUUUCCCACUGCAUAAAUAUAUCUUUGAUUAAAUACACUAUUAUAAGCAGAUGUUUUUUCUGUAAUCUGUUCUAUUAAAAGAUUUUGUGAUGAAAGAAAAGUUUAUACUAAGUAUUUACAGACACAAGGUGUUUUUUAAAAAUGAAAUCUAACAAAAGGUUUCUAUUAAAUAUUGUUUUAUUUGAUUAAUAUAAAAAAUGUAUAUGGAAUGUGAUUUUUAUAUAAUAAAACAAACAUUUGAACAGUA